CCUCAGUCCGUUAGUGCACCUGUGGUUCAGAUGACCAUAUCCCGCUCCAAAACUGGUCAAGACAGUUCCACUUCUGCGGAACAAAUGAGUAUGACACAGGCAGCAGCAAACACAGUCUCUACACCGACCCAUUCCAAAGUAGCCCAUUCUACAAUGACCAAUUCCAUUGUCAGCAAGGGCAAGGACAGUUCUGAACGCCCAUUUACACCAUCACUUGCCUUCAAACUACCUGAUCCAAACACCAUUAUGCCCAUGCCACCCAUGCCCCUAACUCCCAAGAAACAGAAGCAAAGUUCAGCUACUGUUUCGUCCAGCUAUUGGGAGAAGGUCGAGCAUGGAUCCAUUGACACUCACAUGCCAACCGUUGGGUCAAUUUCCCAGUCCCUGUCACCCCUACACGAUGAGGAAAUUUGUAUCCGGGGGGGGUACCCCUUCCCUGAUGGUUUGGGAGAUCACUUGAUCCCUUCCUCCAACACACGAUCACCAUUAACUUGCCAAAACCUGGAAGCCCUGCAGCAGGGAGGAAUGAAUUUGGACUCACCUAUUCCAAGUGUAACACCAUCUUCAAACCGCUUGACAGCCCAAUCAGUUAGCGUGCCUAGUUCAUCGUGCCAUGCUGUCAAGCCUUACGAACUUCCUGAUAAUGAUCAAGAGCUUAGUGAAACAGACAUAAGCCUCAUCAUUCUUUUGGCUCAAGCCAAAGAGUUCAAUGAAGCCGGCUUCUACAACACAUUGUUCUGUUCACGUUUGGCAGGUCGCUCGAAGAUGUCAAUGCCACUAACAGCACAAGUGGACAAGCGGAGGGAGAGGGAUCUAGUGAAGCAGGCAUUUAAUGCCCAAGUCAUUCAGCUGAAGGCAGAUUUUGAAAGCCGCAUCUCUGCUAUUGCGCUAGAGUUCUCAGGCCAUGGAUGCCACUAUUCCAAGCAUCAAAUUCGCAGCCAGAUAAUCUAUAACCUAUCAAAACCAAAGAAGACUCGUAAGCCAAUGCUUCGCAAUGCAUGGGCCCAUGCUGAGGCUGAGGCCCAACGUUUGAAAGACUACAUGCUUAUGAAUGCUCUAUCUAGAGGGCACAUUGCCAGCCUUGCCCUACAAGGAGGAGUACCUUGA